UCAGGGGAGGAGUCGGUCUCUUUUUAAUUGUUGGCCUAUUCUUUUCUCGUAUCCUGGGCUAAACGGUGGAGUCUUUUUAACCACAUAAUCCUUUAAUCUUACAAAAGUUCGCACAUCCGUUUUGAACUAUAUUAGAAUUAUCUUUCAUUUCAUGCAGGAUAAUAUAUAUAAUCUAAUAAUUCUAAUGACUUUUCAUACACACAAAAGUCUAGAUUUUUUCAUGCAUUCAAAUGCAUCCUAAAUAAUGUUCGGACGUUAGCCCUCAUCAUUUUCAUAAGGACUCGCUCAAAACCAAUCUUUCCUACCAAGGACUAAAAACCAAUCCUCCACAUCACCAUCUCAUAUUAACCCAUCAUCUUGCACUCACAGGACACCAUGACAUAUCUCCUUGAUUCUCUCUUUACAUUUUGUCUCUUAUAAUCCCUCCUUAAAAAAAACAAAACAAAAAAUAGGAAAGUGGUCACCACUUUACCAACCUUCAUUGUAUAUCCUAUCUCCCAACCUUUGUUGUUCUCAAACUUCUCUCAUCCAUGCAAAGAACCAAGGAUGGUAGGCCAUUGUUGAGCAACCACCCUUUCUCAAUACGGCAAUGUCUUUGCCGACACCGGACAUAAACACAACGCCGGCCGCACCGUACAACACACCACCAGCACUGAUAGCGUUCACCAUUGCCAUCCUUGUCCUCUGCUUCGUGGCUUUUAGCAUUAUCUAUUUGUGCAAGUAUUAUUUUGUAAGCGUUAUCCACACUUGGGCGUUUCAACGCACUGCCUCAGGUACCCUCAAUCGUGUUUCACCAAAUAGGUCUCCACCUAGAGGCCUUGAUCCUUCAUUGCUGCAAGUGUUCCCCACCUUUCUCUAUUCCUCCGUGAAGGACCUCCGAAAGGAAAAGUAUAGCCUUGAAUGCGCCAUUUGCUUGCUCGAAUUCGAAGAUGAUAGCAUGCUUCGCCUCUUGACCUUUUGCUGCCAUGUCUUCCACCAAGAAUGCAUUGACCUUUGGCUUAGUUCCCACAAGACAUGCCCCGUUUGUCGAACGGAACUUGAUUCACCAACAGAACAAAUGCGAAAAUCCUGUGAGUGUCAUCAUGUAGAAGGCAGCAUGGUGUCCUUAACCAGUGAUCAUGACAUAAGCAUUAAUGUUAGAGAAGGGGAAGGUGAUGGUGUGAGUGCUGGAGAUCAAAGACAAGAACAAGAACAUGAACAUGAACAUGAACAUGAACGUUAUUGCAAUCACCCGGUUUCUGUUAGUAUUAGUCCGCAGCAAGAGCAAGAAGAAAACUUUAUUACAAGGUCACACUCAACGGGACAUUCUAUAGUUAUGAUUAGAGGAGGAGGAGGAGAAGAAGAAAAAGAUUAUGAUAAAUAUACUUUGAGAUUGCCGGAACAUGUUAUAAGAUCAGGAGGGCACAAUUACACAAGGAGUUGUAAAAGUUAUCAGGAAAUCACAAGGCCUGCACCUUGUUGUAAUCGUGGCUUUGUUACCCAAAAAUCUUGAAGCAUGUUCUUUUUAUCAUUCUUUAGAUUCUUUUUUUUUCUCUUUUUUUUUAAAUCUUUUGCUUUUUAAAAUUUCAC